UGUGUUGUGUUGUAGCAAUAUAAGGGCAGUCAAACUAACGACACAGAGGCGCAAUCAAAACAAAAUGAUUGGUCCCUGCUCCUACUUUAACAGCCUAUCUUGUUUGUCCUAAAUCCACAUUUAAAUUGUACUCAUUACUUAAUUAAUUAGGAGGCCUAGCCCGGUGGAGACGGGAUCUCGAGUCUCUACUACUGCUGUCACCGGUGUCUAGGAUCCAUGGCGCUCAUGGGAAGUGGGGUGGUUGCAGUUGCACCAGCUUCCUGCUUUUGGCCCUGUACAGAUGAUAUCUACGGUCACCACAAAAUGUCCUCCAGUUACCCAAGAACAAGAAUAUGUGGCAGAAGAAGAUUAUUACCGCGAUACUCCAACGGUUCUAAAGCGGGUGCUUCAUCGCUGAAUUGCAGGCAACCGAUUGUCUCAGCUGAACCACCACCACCACCAGGACAAAGUUCGGUACUCCUCCCCCCGACAGCGACAUCGACAGCGACAGCAACAGCAACAGCAGCAGGCGGCAGCCCCAUCUCUCUACUACUACUACUACUACUACCAAGCAAGAAGCAGCAGCGGCAGCAGGAGGGGUUGUGAUGAGUCCUGGUUUAAUAGACUACUUUCAAGUAUCGGAGGAUUUGGUCCUCCGAUCCGAGGCUGACGGUGGGCCUCCGCGCUGGUUUUGUCUCUUGGACUGCCACUGCUCCUCCUCUCACUCUGCCUCUUCUUCCAAAAACCACAAUCCUCUCUUGCUUUACUUACCAGGGGUGGACGGUGUUGGAUCCGGACUUCUGUUGCAAUGCAAAAAACUAGGCGAGAUUUUUAACGUAUGGUGCUUGCACAUCCCCCUCUCGGAUCGUUCAUCCUUUUCAGACCUGGUGAAGCUGGUUGAGGAAACGGUCAGGUCAGAGAACUCCCGCAGACCCCACACACCUGUAUAUCUUGUUGGAGAAUCUUUGGGAUGCCUUGCCCUGGCUAUUGCUUCCCGAAAUCCCGACAUUGAUCUCGUCUUAGUUUUGGCCAACCCAGCUACGUGUUUCAGUAAAUCCCAGCUGCUCCCUCUGCUACCUUUCUCACAUCUCAUGCCCAAGGAGAUGAAUCCGAGCUUGCUUUAUAUGCUAUGUCUAUCAUCAGGUAGGUGCUCUUGCCUCUUUUUGAUCACUCAGCAUUCAUUCCAAUUACCAAGUUGUCAUUUCAUUAUGUGCUACGUAUCCUUCAAGAAUGGCCAUGGGUGCUCUGCAGAAAAGCCUCCCCUCGAACAAACAGUUGGAGAGUUGUCUCAGGCUGCCAGAGCGGUAUCAUCCUAUAUUUCUGUUCUGGCUGAUCUUUUAGGUGUAGAAACCUAUUGGAAACUGAAGAUGCUCAAAUCAGCUGAAGCAUUUUCAAAUUCACGUCUUCAUGCUAUCAAAGCUCGGACUCUAAUCCUUUCCAGUGGAAGAGAUUCAAUGUUACCAAGUGAAGAAGAAGGAGAAAGGCUUCGUCGCUUGUUGCCAGAUUGUCAAAUCCGAACAUUUAGCGACAGAGGUCAUGUUCCUUUCUUGGAAGAUGGUUUCGAUCUGGUGACAAUCAUUAAGUGUGCAAGCUUUUAUCAACGUGGAAGAUGCGUUGAUUAUGUUUUGGAUUACUUGCCGCCCAAACCUCCUGAAUUCGAACAAAUAUAUGAACCACACAGAUGGACCGAGGUGGCAUGCAAUCCGGUGAUGCUUUCGACAUUGGAGAAUGGAAAGAUUGUUCAGGGCCUUAAAGGGAUUCCUUGUCAGGGACCAGUUUUAUAUGUUGGUUAUCACAUGAUGCUAGGUUUUGAGUUGAUCCCUCUAGUAGCACGCUUUUGGAUGGAAAGAAACAUUGUUUUGAGAGGCAUUGCACAUCCAAUGGCAUUUAAAAGGUUGAAAGAUGGAAAACUACCUGAUUUGUCAACAUACGAUGCAUUUCGAUUUAUGGGUGCAGUUCCAGCAUCAGCAACUACUUUUUAUAAGCUUUUUUCUACAAAAUCCCAUGUCCUAUUGUAUCCAGGGGGCAUGAGGGAGGCUCUUCAUCGAAAGGGUGAGGAGCACAAAUUAAUUUGGCCCGAACAGUCUGAGUUUGUCAGAAUGGCAGCUAGAUUUGGUGCAAAAAUAAUUCCUUUCGGAGCAGUUGGAGAAGAUGAUUUUGGCCAACUGCUUUUUGAUUACGACGACCUCAUGAAGAUCCCAUAUUUUGAGGCAUUUACACGGGAGCUAACUGAUGAAGCAGUGAAUUUAAGGAGUGAACGUGAAGGAGAGAUUGCUAACCAAGAUAUACAUCUCCCUGUCAUUCUACCCAAGGUUCCUGGGAGGUUAUAUUUCCUCUUUGGGAAGCCAAUUGAAACAGAAGGCAGGAAGCAGGAUUUGAAAAGAAGAGACGAAGCCCAGCAAGUAUAUAUUCAGGUAAAAUCUGAGGUCGAGAGUUGCAUUGCAUACUUGAAGGAGAAAAGAGAGAACGAUCCGUAUCGGAAUGUAUUGGCUCGAUUGACUUAUCAGGCUGUGAAUGGCUUCGAUGCUGAGGUUCCUACUUUUGAGCUUUGAUGAAAAGUUUUUGGGGCAAAGUCCAAGCCAAGCGACUAGGGCAAAAGGGAAUAUUCCGCAGUCAAUUUAUUAUGGUAAUAUCAGGCACAGUUACUACAUGUACCGUAGACCUAUCAAUCCAAUCAUCCAUCUGAGUCGGCUUUUAAUUAGUUUAUAAGGUUCGGCUCAGCUCAUGUAUGUAGUUAGUUAGUAACACUUUUAGACUUUGAAUUAUGAGUUUCGAAUUGAGAAAUGUGAAACUCACACUCGAACUCCCAAAACAUUACGACUUUGAGUCUAAUUCGGAUUUAGUCCAACUCACUUAUUACUCCU